AUGGCUCCAGUGCCGACCGUACCGGCCGAACAUUUUUUCAGUGAUUAUGGUCUUCAACUUUCACGUAAUACGAAAGCCGUAAAAGUUUGGAUGACAUUGAAAACGUAUGGAAUCGAACGAUUCGGUCGUAUUAUGGAACAAAAUGUUGAUCAAGCAUUGUAUUUUGCUCAUUUAAUCGAACAGCAUUCGAAUCAAUUUGAAUUAUUGGCUAAAGUAACAUUAAAUAUUGUUUGUUUUCGUUAUAUUGUAUGUCAGUCGAAUACUAUCGAUCAACACGACAUGUUAAACAAAUUUAAUAAACGUUUAUUGAUAAUGAUACAAGAACGAGGCAUUGCCAUUGUUUCACCAUUUGUCAUUGGUACGAAUACAUUUGCUUUGAGAAUGUGUAUUACGAAUCAUCGAACGAGACUCACGGAUAUGGACAAAUUCAUCGAACAAGUGAUUCAACUCGCUCGUGAACUACUCGAUACGGAUGAAUUUGCUACUUUGAAGACGAUUUGA